CAGCAUCCAGAGGCAGCAGCAUCCAGAGGCAGCAGCAUCCAGAGGCAGGCCACCCGCAGCAGCAGCCCUCCUCAGCAAGAUGCUUGCAGCCAGCACAAGGACCAGGCGGCUCAAUGUCACCUGUGACAGCUCAGUGGACAGGGAGGUCUUCCUCCAUUACUCCCUCAUCCCGUCACUUCUCAUCAUUUUGGUCUUGUCUUUCCUCCAAAGACGAGAGCAUCGUAGACAAAGAGAUGACACCUUCUACCUCCUGGGGGACCACUUUGGAAUCAUCAUGCCUCUGGACUUCGUGGGGACUUUCAGCAACCGAUGGUCCUAUGGAGUGGCCUUUGGGGCCACAGCCAAUAAGGUCAUGUUCCUGUUCUCAGAAGGCUACCAGCCCCUGAAGGUUCCACAGUGGGCCCAAGCCUUUGUGCUUCUCCUGGGGGGCAUGGAAGUCGGCCUGUCUUACUUCCCCUUCUUUGCCUGCCUGUCCUCAGAGUUCCGGCUGGUCAGCUCCAUUCUGGGCUUCAGCUACUCCCUGACCUGGUUUGUGCUCACCAUUCUUCAGAUCUCACAGUGUCCCCAUGGGCAGUUUCUAGGAAGGUUCGAGACCCUCAUUUUCUACUGGCCCUCACUGCUGUGCCUGGGGUUCCUGCUUGGUCGCUUCCUGUACAUGUUCCUUAAAGCUCUGCCAACCCGCUUGGGCCUGGAGCCACAGGCAGGAGAGAAGUCAGUGUUGGAGGCCCACCAGGCCGAGCAUGUGAAGCGGCUCCUGAGAAAGCCCCGCCCGCAAGAAGGAGAAAAGUCUUGGUUUCAAGCCAGGGUGUAUGAGUGGGACCCCUGCUUCCAGUACCCCAGCAGGAUGAUUGGGACCCUCGUGCUGGCAUCCAUCUGCCUGUACCUUUUCAUCGUCAUGGAGUUCUGUGUGUUUCUACUUGUGAGAGACGAGCUGGAUAUAUUUGAAGACAGGCUGCAGAGCUACCUCAACCACAUGAAUGAGACGGGGACCUUGACCCCCGUCAUCCUACAGGUGAAAGAACUGAUCAGCGUCUCUAAAGGAGCCUGGGUGGUGACCAUUUUCCCUGCCUCCCUCACAUGCAUCAGCUACCUCUUCCACAUUUUGGCCUGUUACAGAAAGCACAUAAAGAGGCUGUGGGCUGGAGACAAGGACUUCCUCCCUCAGAAGUUCCAGAAUCCCUCCUCAGCAGCGAGUGUGGUGGCCAUUGCAAGGUACUCUGGUUGGCAAAUAGCCUACAUCCUCUGGGGCUACCUCAUCAUCCAUGUGGUCCAGAGCCUCUGUGGUGUGAUGCUCAUGUACAGUCUGGUGCUGCCCAUCCUCCACCACCAAGGGCUGGAGAUGCUGCGUGGGCUGGGCCUUGGGGUCCUCACCCUAUCCGUAGUCGUGGGCCUCAUGAUCCUGCAGGUGUGGAUCGCUGGCAGAUUCUUCCUGCAGCCCAAGCUGGGCACAGCAGACAAGCAGAAGCCCCUGGCUCUCCACAACAGGAGAGCGUUCCACAACUUCAACUACUUCCUGUUUUUCUACAACGUGCUGCUGGGCCUGGGUGCCUGCCUCUCCAGGCUGCUCAUCAGCUGCCUCCUGGGCACAUGGCUGAUUGCACGCAUUGACAGGACCAUCAUGCAGAGCGGCUACGAGGAUGCAGACAUGGGCUUCAAGGCAUGGGUCGGCAUGCUCUUUGUGGACCAUUAUCACACCAACCCUGUGCUGGUCAGCUUUUGCCACAUCCUGAUCACAAGCCACAGGGAUCGGAAGCUGCAGAAGACCAUGCAAUACUGGUACCUCAACCAAUCAGCAGGUCCCCGAGUCUCAGCCAGGGCCCGAAUGAGGUGGCUCCUGCUACAGACACUGGUCAACAACCCCAGGCUCGCUGUGCUGAGAAAAUCAAAAUCGGGGCACGGUUCCCGAGAGUUCGCACAGAUUCUGCCGACCUGCUCGGAUUGCUGAUUGGGCCACCAACUUCUGCUCCGAGGCCAGGCCAUCUGCUGUGUGAGCAGGAGGCCCGAGGCGUUCGAUGAUGGUGUCCAUGUAGCACAUUGGGUGCAGGUGCUGAAAGAAGGUGGAGCCCAUUCAAAAGACACAAGUGUCAGGCUGUGAGGUGUGGGCGUUGUCCCUACGCAGAGCCCAGCACUUACCCAAAUCUUCACGCUCAAAAAUGGCCCAGGACAGAUGCAGUCUGAUGGCUGAUAGUCCCUCCGGACCCCGAACAAGUGCUGUGAGGACCCAAAGUCUCAGAGCGCUUGCGCCUGGGCGCUGUGUGUACUCGGUCCGCUGGCGCUCAUGCCGGGGUUGUCUCUUAGCUGAAUCUCUGCAACGGCUCUUGGACAAUUUGCUUCUAGAAGCUGACAAAUGGAGAACACACACACACAUCACUUUCUACCUCUGGCUAAAUGACUUUGUCUUUCUCUAUUCACAGCUAUCUGUAUCUUCAAAACGGGGGGGGGCAACACCCCCACUCCGGGGAUUAUGAGAAUAAAGUUGUUCAAAGCACA